GUUCAUUAAUAGCCUUCAUUUCGUUCGGACGUUGUUUUGAGAACUUCAAUCGCUAGUUACUGUGAGGCGAAAAUUGGCAAAAAAUGAAGAAACUGAUCGCGAUCAUUCUGUUAGCUGUGGCCGUUUUUGCAACGAAGGACUGCUUGGAAAAGGCUCCAUUUGUGACGCAGGAUCUCGUGGAUUCGAUCCAUUCCAAUCGAGUGAACAGGACCUUGGAGGCAGUUUUCAAAAAACAAGGCUUCAACUUUACCAUAAUCGAGGGGCACACCUGCCGGAAUGUUGUGAAUGAAUCCGUCUUUUGGUACCAUGUGAUACUUUCCCAGCACGAUUUGAGAGCCGAAGUAUCGUACAUCUUGGCACGGAAUGGGACCAAAAGAGGCCGGGUCGAUUACCUGAUACUGGACGAAGAUAAGCUUAGUUUUGUAGUGCGUACAAAGACUGCGCUCAUAAAAUAACUGGAAGUAAAUAUUGUACCCUUAAUUUGUUUCAAUAAUCGAAAAUGUUACAACAAAAGUAUUCUAACCACAAAUAA